AAUAAACAGCUCCCACUUGAGUCAGCGCAGCGGUAGCGUUGGAACCACUUUCUUAAGCCUCACUUUUAAUGGCCUCGUAAAAAGCGACCGCGGCGAAAGUAGCUGUCGCGAAGUUCAAUAGCACGGUGUAACAGUACCGCGGACUCACUGCACCGCUCACCUGCAGUCUCGGCUCGUACAUGGAGCGAAGAUGUGGACUCUCCUAGUCGUUGUUACAUGUUGUGUCACCACUGUGUUGCCGGCCAAACAUCUGCCCAAAUGGAAGAAGCAGGCGUGUGAGCUGCCGGCGGUGCAGAGCGAGCACAGCCACUACAUCUGUGAUGACAAAGGGGAGCCCAAGUGCCUGCCCGGGUGGCAAGGAGACCUCUGUGAUGUGCCUAUUUGCAAGAAAGGAUGUGAUCCUUUGCAAGGAUACUGCAAGCGGCCGGGCGAGUGUCGCUGCAAGCUAGGCUUCUACGGCGACCGCUGCAACAAGUGCAUCCCGCUGCCCGGCUGUCAGCACGGCUACUGCAACGAGUCCUUCGAGUGCAUCUGCAAGGAGGGAUGGGACGGAUUGUUCUGCUCUGAACCGAUUUGUCGGUCGGACUGUCACGCGACCCGCGGGUUCUGCGAGGCGCCCGGGGAGUGCCGGUGCAAGCUGGGCUGGUCGGGCCCGACCUGCCGCUCCUGCCAGCAGCUGCCGGGCUGCCAACACGGCUACUGCGACAAGCCACUAGAGUGCAAGUGUUUGCCUGGAUACACCGGGCUGCUGUGUCAGACUCCUAUCUGCGCCUCCGGGUGUCACGCCGAGCGCGGCUACUGCCGGCGCCCCGGCGAGUGCCGCUGCAAGGUGGGCUGGACCGGCCCGUUCUGCGGCGAGUGCCACCGCUACCCGGGCUGCGUGCACGGCACCUGCAACAAGCCCUGGGAGUGCCUGUGCGAGCCCGGCUGGGGAGGCAUGCUUUGUGAUGAAGAACUGAACUACUGCGAGAAGAACCCAGACACAUGCCAGAAUGGUGGGAAAUGCAUAUCUCUGGAGUCUGGCGAUGGAUUCUUCAAGUGUUACUGCCAGCCAGGCAUCACGGGCAAGCGCUGUGAGAUCGUGCCCGAAAUCGAAACACCGGCCAAUGCUACAGUGACUGAAGAAACCAGCUCGGAGAACCUGACCGUGGUGGGAGUUGAGACUUCUUCAGAAGUGGGGAGCACAGAGCCCAACAGUGGGGAUAAUGAGACUGAGUGAUUAGUAGGGGAUUAGCAGUCAUAUUGUAGGUUAGGUAGUACAUUAUUUAUUUGGAGACAAUUUAGUGGGUUCUCACACUCGCUAAUUGUAUUUGACGUUGACUGAGAUUGUUCUUCCAAUACAGUAUUUAUUAUUCCUUAACAUGUUUGAAAAAAAAAUGGUGUCCGUAUUGAAGUAAAACUACAGUAACGUAAUAAUGAAUUAUGUUUUAAACAAGUUGCUUGGUUUAAAUGAUGCUUGGACUAUGUUCGUGUUUGGAAAACUAUAGAUAAAUCAUAGGCCUAGCGUGAUUCACAAAUCAGAGAGUAUCUUCUCAGUAGUUCUCUUCAUUACUGAAGGUCGUGUUUAGGCUGGUGCAUGCGUCACUAGACGUAUGACCAUCCUCCAAGCGUCUCUGUCAGAUAGUGUAUUAGGCAUAAUAUUAUGUAUUAGGUUAGUAGGUACCUACAUCAACAGCUGGUGACAGGUGAAAAGUGUGAGUGAGUAAUGAAAAAUGUAUUUUCCUGUCACCACGGGACACUAUUAUUAUUAGCGUAUAUUCUGACUAUAGUAAUACUCAGCACGGUUGACGUGUUUUAGAAUUUUCCAGACACGAACGUACAAUUUACUGUUCUAUUUAUUUCUAGAAAUAAUUAAUCUAGACUGACAACUGCUACGAUUCAAAUGGUAUUUAUGUCCUAGUCGACCGAGAGAAUAGGACACUUCAAGUAUGUGGUUGAAUACCAGUAAUGUAGGCAUUAUCAUUAGAACUUGAGACGGGAUAUUUACCAUGUUUAUUUAUGUCUAUGAGUUUCCGAUAUUUCGGCACUGUUGCACGCGCCAUGAUCACGGAUGAACUUCUAAUGAUAGUGUUAGUGACCAUGUCUGUUUACAGACUUAUAAUGUAGGCAUUAUGACAAAAAGUCCAUAAGUCGAGUUUUCUAUUCUCUCGGUUGACUGUCGGUUAAAUGUCAUUUGGGUCAUAGAACUAGAUACUUAUUAUAGAGGCAUGGAAAUGUGUAUUCAUGUAAUUGGAAAUGUGUGUAUUUAUUAAUUGUGUAUUUGAUGUAUGACUGUUUAAUAGAUUUAAGUUAUUUAUUUUGAAAAUAAAACCAUUAAA